AUGCCCCCUGCCUCACUCAAUGCCCUCCAACCACUGGAACCCUUUCAGGCUUCCAGUGAUCGACCCACCAAGAAGGCUCGCACUGAGAAAGAUGACGACGAAGCCGUCCCCGAACCUGACUUUACCAAGGCGGACCACAUUCCUUUGACGACGCACACGGAUGCCUUUGGCGUGGACCCCAUUCCCAUCUCUUGGGGUCAUCCCAACCCUGAGGUUCGCGGACCCGUCAUUUGCACGGUGCGUCACUCGGCCCAGCGGAAUGCCAUUGGAGCUCACCAAGGUAGUUACUGUAUCUACACUGGACUUGCGGUUGCUGCCAAGAAGCUAGAUCCAGACUACGUCCCCAACUUGAAAUUGACUACGCCCGUCUUUAACAUUGGGCCCUACCCGUCGUGGUCGGAUCCCAAAAAGAUUGCCUCGAUUGAUCCUUUUGGACACGUUGUCACCCAACACUAUUCCAAGUGGCUUGAUAAGGGAUGGGACAUUCGGCCAACCAUUGCCGUGACCAAGGCACACAUUGAUUUGCCCGAAUGCCGCGAAGCCCUGGCCACGGGACGACUCAAGGCGGACGGCAAGAUUUUGUUGCCAUCUGGUCAAUCCAUUUGUUCCAAGGCAGCGAUUGAACCGGUUUGGUACCUCCCUGAAAUUGCCCGUCGGUUCCGCACCACCGAGGCUAAUUUGCGACACUCCAUCUUCCGCAUGACCAAUGGCAUGUAUCCUGAACUUAUUACUCGACCAGACAUUAAAGUCUUUCUGCCACCCAUUGGCGGAUUGACCAUUUACAUUUGGGGAGAUCCAGAUACCAUUCCUGACGAGGAUAUUGAGUUGACUUGCCGUGUCCACGAUGAGUGCAAUGGUUCCGACGUCUUUGGAAGUGACAUUUGCACUUGCCGACCGUAUUUGACACAUGCCAUUGAAGAAUGCAUCAAGACGGCACAACGAGGUGGAUGCGGUAUCGUCAUUUACUACCGCAAAGAAGGACGAUCUCUUGGUGAAGUUACCAAAUACUUGGUAUACAACACUCGUAAACGCCAAGAAGGUGGUGAUUCUGCCGAAAACUACUUCAACUGUACCGAACAGGUCGCUGGUGUCCAAGACACUCGUUUCCAGGCACUCAUGCCCGAUCCACUACACUUUUUGGGUGUGACCAAGAUUCACAACUUUAUUUCCAUGAGUGAUAUGAAGUACAAUGCCAUUGUCAGUACUGGUAUCAAGAUUGAGAAUCGCAUUGAAAUUCCACCAGACAUGGUCCCAACCGACGCCCAAGUUGAGAUUACCGCCAAGGUAUUCCACGGAUACAAUGCCGGAAAGGCUUACCAAGGAAUUGAUGCUCAAAGCCUCAAGGACGUCAAGGGACGAGAUUACAAGUACAAUGGACCGGAGGCUACUAGUACUACUACUAAUGACAAACCAAUCCCAGAAGCCGAGAAGACCGUCGAGAGCUAG